AACUCAUUCCGGUGGUGAGAGUUCAUCGGCCACUGUCAUGCUGCUUUUACCACUCUUGCUGGUUUUUCCCUCUUUGUUAGGAUUGUUGUUUGCCACACAAAACAGCGCUCUCUAUCGAUAUCCAACAGGCCGUGCUUCGUUUGGUAAAUUCGAGUGCGACCCUUUCUACUUCUCAUGGGCAGAGAAACUUACAUCAUUCAUGGUGGAAGAUAAGUUGGACUGCACUUUCCUUUGUGUUGGUGAACCAAAGUGCUAUUCGUUCAACAUAGCAGUGUAUCCUGACUCCAGAGGUCUUUAUCUGUGUGAGUUAUUGGCCACAGACAAGUACAGAGAGGCUGAAAAGGUUCGUGCAAAUGCUACCUUCCAUCACUGCAGUCCGUUGUCUCCAUGUGAAAGUGCUCCUUGUAUGAACGGUGCUGUCUGUGUUCCUGAAUAUGAAUCGAACUUCUAUCACUGUGACUGCAAGCCUGGAUUCUGUGGAACUCACUGCGAGCAAGGAGGAGAUAAAACCUGCAGUCAGAUCAAACUUUGUAAUCUCCCAGAUGGUUCUUACUUCAUCGACCCUGAUGGAGAGGGAGGAGUGAAACCAUUCAAAGUCUAUUGUGACAUGACCGACAAGGACGGCGUUGGAGUGACGGUUGUCAGUCAUGACAGUGAACACAGAACACUGGUGGAUGGGUUUAAUAGUAGAGGCAGUUAUUCCCGAAAUGUCAAAUAUGAUGAAUCUGAUUUUGUUCAAUUGGCAAGCCUAACAUCUUCAUCUGCUAACUGCGAGCAGUUUAUAAAGUACGAUUGCUAUCACUCAGUAUUCCUUAAAAAUGGUAAAAUGUUCGGAUGGUGGGUGUCACGUGGUGGGGAGAAAAUGACAUACUGGGGAGGAGUCGAUUUUGUUGACUACAAAUGCGCAUGCGGCUUGACCAAUUCAUGCGCAGACCCUAUCGACGGAUGUAACUGCGACAGUAACGACGAUGUAUGGCGAGAGGACAGCGGUUUACUCACAGACAAGUCCAAGCUUCCUGUGACGCAAUUGAGAUUUGGAGAUACCGGCAUCGCUAGCGAUGGCUCAGAUGAAAAAGGACAUCACACGCUUGGAAAACUUAAGUGUUAUGGACUCAACCAUGAUUUACAGUCACCAAAAAAUCGCCUCAAAUGUACUUAA